CCUCAGUAUUUCAUUCUCCAAUAUAUAUAUAUAUAUCUCCAUUCUAAAAAACUGUUGUUUCAUAAUGUCCAAGGCAUCGAAAAGCUUUACGCGUUUGAUUAAUCCUGGCGUGAUCCUUGGUCCGGAACUGGGCCAUAAAAUAAAUACGUUUGAGGCGAUGAAUGCCGAACGAUCAGAUAUAGAUGGCGAACUAUCCCGUCUGAGAAAAGAACAGGAAGAGGCUGAGGACAGCCUGGCGGAGGCUCUGGCUGAGGACGAAUUGCAAUAUAAACUGCGACCAAGGCAAAUGACAGGACCCAACGAGGAGGAGCUGCAGGAGAUCCUGAGGCGACACCUCAGCGGCAUUAUCAAUAAGCUGACAUCCAAGUACGAGCGUAUUUUGUACUUGGAUGCCGAUAUUAGGAAACUGAAACAGACAAUUGAGAAAGAAAUUGCAGCGGCAAAUCAAGAAUCGGCGGCUGCAGCGGCUUCUAUGGAAUGAAUAUUUUAUUUUAAAA